AGAAAUGGAACCAUCCCUGUAUGUCUCGUGACUCGAGAAACAAUUUAGAAACUCAAAAAACACAAACAAGGCAACAAUUCCUUCACUCUUCUCUUUCCCUUUUUGCUCAGCAAAAAAGAUAAAGUCCCAAACUUGAUUUCAAAACCCAUAAACUUCAAUCUUACUGUUGAUCUCAGAGCAUUAAACCCACAAAAAUGCAUGCAAAAACUGAUUCAGAAGCGACGAGUAUCGACACUUCAUGGCCACCAAGGUCACCACCACGAAGGCCGGUUUACUAUGUUCAGAGUCCUUCAAACCACGACGUUGAGAAAAUGUCGUAUGGGUCGAGCCCAACUGGUUCACCAACUCACCAGUAUUACCAUUGCUCCCCUAUUCACCAUUCCAGGGAGUCUUCCACGUCGAGAUUCUCGGCUUCUCUUAAGAACCCGAGGAGUCUUUCGGGUUGGAAGCAUGUCAAGGUUGGUCAAGGCGGCGAUGAUGUGGAAGAAGACGACGACAAUGGUGGUGAAAUGGACGGUCGUGAUGAAUGCAAAGCUAAUAACUUCAGGCUUUAUAUUUGUCUUGUUUUAUUGUUUUCCUUGCUGUUUACGGUUUUCUCUUUGAUCUUGUGGGGUGCUAGUAAGAGUUACAAGCCUAAAGUCUUCAUUAAGCACAUUGUGUUCGAGAGCAUCUAUUACCAGGCAGGAAAUGAUCAAUCAGGGGUGCCUACUGAUAUGAUUUCACUGAAUUCAACGGUUCUGAUCUCAUAUAGAAAUCCAGCUACUUUCUAUGCCGUCCAUGUUGCCUCUACUCCAUGGGAGCUUCACCAUUUCCAGCUCAAAAUUGCCUCUGGACAGAUGAAGAAGUUUACACAAUCAAGGAAAAGUGGGAGGAAAGUAGUGACAAUUGUGAAAGGGUAUCAAGUUCCAUUAUAUGGUGGGAUACCUGUUCUUGGAAACACAAGAGAGCACAAAGAAAGCAUAGCAGUGCCACUGAACCUGACAUUUGUAAUGAGGUCAAGGGGUUACAUUUUGGGCAGAUUGGUGAAGACCAAGUUUUAUGGGAAAAUCAGAUGCUUUGUUACUCUCAAGGGAAAUAAGCUUGGGAAGCCUCUUAAUUUGACAGAUUCAUGUAUUUAUCAGUGAAUUCUCUCCUCUUUUCUUUAUAGUUUUAGGGUAUCUGAUAUGACUGAUCUUGAUUUAGUAACAUAGUUUACUUUUUGGAACCUUCAUUUCCCAAUGGUUGAAAUCUGAGUUAGUGUUCA